AUGGCGCAAGUACCCGAGCAAGUGCUUGCGUGGCUGUACAAAGUAUUGCAUGAAUAUCAAGAUGUACAGCGCACCUACACCGAUACCGCUCGAACCCUCGCCGCAUAUCCCUCCCUCAGCCCGCGAACCGAAGUGUACACCUCCGAGACGGGCGCAUCUGCUCUCCUGCUCACUCUUUCCGGCACACUACCCGUCUCAUUUCGUGGCACCGUCUAUCGAUUCCCCGUGAAGCUAUGGAUCCCAAAGCUCUAUCCACAACAGCCGCCCACAGUGUACGUUACGCCGGGAACGGACAUGAUGAUCAGAGCGGGUCAACACGUCGGAGUAGACGGCAGAGUAUACCAUCCAUACUUAAGAGACUGGGCAAACAUGUGGGAUCGGGCGAGCGUGGCGGAGUUCCUCGAAUUCCUGCAACAAGUGUUCGCCAAGGAGCCGCCGGUCAUCAGCAAAGUCCAACAACAGCAGUAUCAGAGGACUAUAGGCCGCCCAUCUCCGCCGCCGCAGCCUGGUGCAUCUCAGGCACCACCUUCAUUACCGCCGAAGCAACGAAUCGGUAGUGUGGAAGUGCAGCCCACAGCCGGUGGAGAUGUGCCUCCGCCACGCCCUCCCAAGCCCGGAGGCCAGGAUGAGCAGCAAUGGCCGCAGCGCAGCUCAUCGAGAGACGUAGGACCGAAUGGGCCUCCUUUACCACCCCUACCGCAUGAACGAGACGCUCCACCGAGACAAGAGGGAUAUCGAGCUACUUUCCCACAGCAGCAGCCACCACCUCGAAUGCAGUACCACGCUCAGGCCCCCCCUCAGCAACCGUAUCAGCAAGCGCCACCUCAGCCCCAAUACGUGCCCCAGCAGACAUAUCCUCAAGGCCCGCAGCCUCAAGAACCACCUCCCCAGGCCAAAAAGCAACCACCGCCAGAUCUUCUCUCCGAUCCCUUCGACAUUGCACUAGCUAGGCCUCCUGAUGCAGGCCCAGCCGUGCCCGCCCCACCCAUUCCACCGAACCCGGAAAAAGAGCACCUUUUGCACGCGCUCUCCGAGACCCUCGUCCAACAGGCACAGCGAAAGGUGCACCAGAACCUCUCCGCCAUGGCGCCUCUGCAAGCCCAACAACACGCCCUCCGCGCAGCACAAGAGCGCCUCGAGGCGGAGAUCCGGCAAGUCGACCAGUUGGACAAAGUCCUCGCUUCCAACGAAGCCAUUCUCCGCCGAAGCAUUCAGGACUGCGAUCGCACGAUUAGCAAUGCGAAGUCGAAGCCGCCGCCGCCGAUUGACGAAGUGCUGAUCGCUCCGACCAUGGUGGCGAAUCAGCUUUGGACGCUGUGUGCCGAGGAGGCGGCGUGCAGGGAGGCAAUGUAUGUGCUGCAGAAGGCGGUGGAUCGGGGAAGGGUGGGUGGUAACGAUUUUGUGAGGCAGAUGAGGGCUUUGGGGAGGGAGUGCUUUUUGAAGAUGGUGUUGGCGAGAAAGUGCGCCAGAGGCUUGGGGUUGGAGACUAAUUAA